AUGGCGGUCCUAAGGUACAUUGCGAAGACGCGCCUCGAAGUCGGUGCUGAAGAAGGCACCAACGCAGCCAACGUCAAUGAGAGAGGGGGUGCGGCGAUCUUGAAGGAGGUGCAGCUCCCGGCGAAGCGGCAGAGGUUGGCCGUCCCGGUGCCGUGGGUGCUGAUGUUCCGGCAGCCGGCGCCGGUGCCGCGCGCGGAGCGAGAGGAGGACGUGGGUCCUGCGGAGUUCGUGGAACCCGAGGAGGCCGUGGAGCCCGAGGAGGGCGCGGAGCUAGAGAGGGCGUGGUGUCCCACGAUCGACGAACGCUGCUAG